GGUCAGGUUAUAUCAGCAUUGUUCCAACAGAUUAUACAUCAGUAAUCUUCAUCAUCUUCCUCAUCAUCACUAUCAGCAGCCAUGCUCGCUCGUUCUCUUCUGGUGAUCCUGCUGGUUCUCACCUGCCAUCAGUACUUCACUAUGGCACAGAGUGCAAAAGGACCAGAGGACUGUUGUUUUAAAUUCUUUACAAAACCAAUACCUGUUAGAGCCAUUAAAAUGUAUAUUAAUACGAGCAGCGACUGUCCGAAAAAUGGAGUCAUUUUUACUACCCAGAAUUCCAGCCGUGUGUGCGCGGACCCAGGUUUUAAGUGGGUUCAGAGGGCCAUGGACAUAGUUGACCAGCGCUUGUAUGAAAGUUCAACCUAAACCCAGCCGAGCUGUUAUAUCCCAUACCCAUUAAUCAGAAUAUUACUUUACAUGUUCCAUUUAAACUAAUGGUAUAUACUAAGUGAUUUAAUGGGAUAACGCUUUUUAUCAUAUAUCAGCUUUUGCUAAAAUAAAGUUGCAUAAAAGAUGUAAAAAAAAUAUU